CUCUCUCUCUCUCUCUCUCUCUCUAUCUCUAUCUCUGUGACAGUCUGACCCAUGGACUCGAGCGCAGAUGAGGUAGUCCAUGACUUCCCUCCUCUAUUUCGCAUAUACAAAGACGGCCACGUCGAGAAAUUUAUAGACACCGACUACGUCCCUACCUCCGACGAUCCUAACACCGGCGUCCGAUCCAAAGACGUCGUCGUUUCCCCCGAAACCAACGUAUCCGCCCGCCUUUUCCUCCCCAGAACCACCGCACCAUCCCAUAAACUCCCCCUUCUUAUCUACAUUCACGGCGGCGCUUUCUGUAUCCAAUCGCCAUUCUCUUCUCUUUACCACAACUAUCUCGGCUCUCUCGUCGCUCAAGCCAAUGUUCUCGCAGUAUCCAUAGACUACAGACUAGCCCCAGAACAUUCCAUCCCCGCGUGCUAUGAUGAUUCAUGGACUGUCAUGGAGUGGGUGGGUCUACACGCUAAUGGCGGACUAGGACCUGAACCAUGGCUAAAUGAUCACGCAGACUUCCGGCGGGUUUUCUUGGCCGGUGACAGUGCCGGAGCCAAUAUCGCGCACAACAUGGUGGUCCGAGCUGGGAUUGCCCGCCAAGUGUUUGAUAUAAAGAUUGUGGGUACGGUUUUGAUUCAUCCCUUUUUUGGGAACAAUAAACCUGACAAACUAUGGAUGUUUAUUUGCCCAGAAACCAGCGGGUGUGACGAUCCAAGGCUAAACCCUGCUGCUCAUCGGAGUUUGUUGUCAAAGCUAGUGUGCAAGAAGGUGCUGGUUUGUACUGCAGAGAAAGACUUUUUGAGGAAGAGAGGUCGGGCAUACUAUGAGGCACUGAAGAGUAGUGGGUGGGGUGGUGUGGGGGAGAUUGUGGAGACAGAAGGGGAGGGGCAUGUGUUCCAUUUGCUCAACCCAAGUUGUGAGAAAGCUGUGAGUUUGAUGAAACAUGUGGCUUCCUUCAUUAAUCCAGGCCAUGUCCUUUCUCUGUUAUAAUUUACAAGAGGCAAACAUUAUCGUAGUGUCAGUCAACUACAGACUGGCCCCAGAGCAUCUUCUUCCUGUUGCUUAUGAAGAUUCAUGGGUCGCUGUCAAGUGGGUUGCUUCCCAUUUUAAGGGAGACGGCCAGGAGCCAUGGCUG